GAUAGCAGCCCACUCCACUCAGCCGCCGAAACAGUCGAAAGGAGGUCAUCACCGUGUCUGUUUCCUCUUCACUAAGGCUAUAUAAGGACCACCUCUUCCUACCCAAUUCUUCACCAUUUCUUCCCAAAUUGCUUCUGAGAGUUAGCUUUGAGUGUGUAGAACGCAGUGGUGCUGUCAUAUUGGUGUGAGGUCGCCGGAGAUAGCCACAAUCCUUGCCGGAAGUUUCGCCGGAAAAUUUCCAAAACCUCCAUUACGCUUCGAGCUCCAUAACACCUCUAAAGUCUCNUCUUCAACAAGUCCGUUUCACUUUCUCUCUCGAACUCGAGGUGAUGUAGCUGGAACAAGUGGAAGUGCAGGACAUGGCAAUUAAAUCUGUUUUGAUAAAUACGCAUUGUCAUCAUCAACCUCCGACCAAACUCAGCUAGCGCAUGAAGAUGAAGCCAUUACCCGUCGCUCUGCAAAUUUUCAUCCAAGCAUCUGGGGAAACUUUUUCCUCUCAUAUGCUUCUCCACAAAAGGGAGAUGGAGGAGAUACACAAGAAGUGGAAGAGCAUCAACAGCUCAAGGAAGCAGUGAGAAACAUGUUUUUAGAAACUCAUCAUCCUCAAAAGUUGGAGGUGAUGAUCAACAACAUCCAACGGUUAGGAGUGAGUUACCGUUUCGAGAAGGAGAUCGAAGCAACACUGGAACGCAUGUUCGAGGCAUACGAUGAUCUCAACGACAAAGACGUGAUGGAGAAUAAUGAUCUUUGUGCGGUUUCUCUCCGCUUUCGCCUUCUCAGACAACAAGGGUAUUUUGUAUCUAGCAGUGUUUUUGAGAAAUUCACGGAAAGUGAUGGGAAGUUUAAGGAAUCGUUAAUCGGAAACGUGGAAGCAAUGCUAAGUUUGUACGAGGCGUCGAAUGUUAGAGUGCACGGGGAGAAGAUUUUGGACGAGGCCCUGAGAUUCACAACUUCUCACCUGGAAUCGAUGCUUCCAAGCAUGGCCCCAACCCUGAGAUCUCAUGUUAGUAAGGCACUUAAACUCCCAAUCUGGAGAAGGCUAACAAGGAUUGAUGCUGUGGAGUACGUACAGUUUUACCAGCUUGAUGAGUCACAUGACACUAUCCUCUUAAAGUUUGCAAAACUGGACUUCAACAUCCUCCAAAAGCAACAUCAGAAGGAGCUAGGCAAUCUUACCAGGUGGUGGAAGGAAUUGGGAGCAAUAGAAAAAAUGCCAUUUGCUAGAGACAGAUUGGCGGAGUCGUACUUGUGGACGCUGGGAGUCUACUUUGAACCACAAUAUGGUGCUGCAAGAGAGUUUGUUCUUAAAACCAUAUGUCUCGCUUCACUCCUCGAUGAUAUCUAUGAUGUUUAUGGAACCCCUAACGAACUGAACCUAUUCACCCACGCUUUUCAAAGAUUGAAGGCCGGUGGUGCAGAGGAAUUGCUGCCAGAAUACAUGAAGGUUCUGUACAAUGCAGUUCUGGAUACAUAUGCGGAAAUGGAGAAAGGCAUGAUGAACGUAGCCAAAGGCGGGGAGGGUGAAUCGUACCGCGUCGACUACGCCAAAAGGGAGAUGAAGAAACUUGUGGGAGCAUACCAUGAAGAAGCAGAGUGGUUCCAUGCGGGUGAGAGACCAACAUUCGAUGAGUACAUGAAGGUUGCACUUAGGACCUGCGCUUAUGUGAUGCUGGCAACGACUUCCUUGGUAGGCAUGCCGGAGGAUUUCAUCACUAAAGAGGCAUUUGAUUGGCUGACUGGGGAUCCUUUGAUUGCCCGGGCUUGUACAGUCAUUUGCAGAUUAAGAGACGACAUUGUUGGACACAAGUUUGAGCAGGAAAGAGGGCAUGUGGAUUCAGCAGUGGAGUGCUACAUGAAGCAAUAUGGGAAGACAGAAGAAGAGACAGUGAAAGAGCUAAAAGAAAAGGUGAAUGAUGCAUGGAAAGACAUUAGCAAGGAAUGUCUUAAGCCAUUUUCUCUAUUCCCAAUGCCCAUACUCAUCCGAGUUGUGAAUCUUGCAAGAGUCAUUGAAAUGCUUUACGAUGAAGAUGGAGAUAAAUAUACCCAUUCCUCAGAGCUUAAAGCCAUUAUCACCUCUGUCUUGGUUCAUCCCAUUCUCUGAUGAUUCAUUUUUUUUCCCAAAAUUAUAGUAAUAAUCCAAGUUAUCAUCCUUCCACAUGUACUCACCGCGAGGACGAGGAUUGUUCCUUUACUUCAUCUUUUCCUUUUUAUUUCUCCUUGAGAGCAAAUUGAAGAAUGAAUGCCUUAAUUUUGA